AUGCCUUCCCUCUAUAAAUAUACUGACAUUCCUGAGCCUUUUGACCGCAGACCUCCUCAUGGGGGUGUAAAUUGGAUCGAGAUACCCUCCAACAACCCAGACAAAGCCAGAGAAUUUUAUCAAAGCAUUUUCCCAUCAUGGAAAUUUGAGAACCCUUCGAAAUGCCCACCACAGUUCAUCCAGCUAUUCAAGGUCGAAGAGCCUUCGUACAUGGAAGGCGCAAUUUUGAAAACGAACAAGCAGUCAGUCUCUACCACGAAUGCUUUCAAUGCCGACGCUAUUGGUUGCGUGCCCUCCUUCUUUGCCGAUUCCAUCGACGAGAUACAUGAUAAGAUUCUAUCACUGGGUGGAAAGCUGUGCUGUCCCAAAACAGAUGGUCGCGGCGAUGGAUGGUAUGCAAAGUACUUCGACCUUGAUGGCAACGUGUUCCAAAUAUGGGAAGUGCGCGUCAAAGAAUGA